AUGAAUGGACGCGACAGUAUCGCUCUUUCCGAACCACAGUCGAGAACUCAGCAGUCGGCUGUCGACUCCUCCUUGCCUCCUUUGAGCCCUUCUCCGUCGUCAUUACAUCAUCAGCCACUUAGAUCGAUGAACCUUUCUCCACCGUUGUUACGUGGUUCUUCGUCAUCGGCUCAUGUGGAGGAUAACAAAAAACCUUCAUCGCCUCCUUCGGGUGUGAAGAGAAGAGCAGGCAAAAACAUUGAACCUUUAAGCAGACACCACAGGAGUGUUUCAGUGGAUAGUUGUUUCAGUAACUUCUUGGAGCUACCUCUCUCUCCGGGUGUUGUUUCCUCUACUAGUUCGGCUGAUGGAGACUACCAUAAUACUUUGGACCUCAAGUUUGGGAAAGACGAGUAUACUGCUGAUGAAUUGGAAAAGAUUUCGAAAUCUGAUCCUAAGAAAGUCAGACGAAUCUUGGCAAACAGAGAAUCAGCUGCACGUUCAAAGAAGAGGAAGUCACAGUACCUUCUUGACUUGGAACACCAAGUAAAUUUUCUUGAGAAGGAUAUCACUUUGAUGCAAGAAAAAGAGAUGCUUUUGGAGAAUGCUAAAAACAUGCUGAUUAAUGAGAAGAAGGAGUUCAUGAUUCGACUUGAAUCGUUGGAGCAACAAGCAAAACUUCAUGACGAAAUCAAAAGUCCAAAGGCGACGACAACGUUGAACGAACAAUUGAGUGUGGAAGCACAACAGCUGACGGAAGUAUUAGCAUCGAACGAACAACUGAGUGUAGAAGUCCAGCGGCUAAAGAUGGCAAUAGGUGAUGUGAUGCAUAACGAUGGCUAUCAAAUUGACCUAAACAUGUUGCAGCAACUCACCAUCAAUGAGUCCGAUCAGCCACAGACAAGCAAGCAGCCCUGA